AUGCCGCCGCCGCCGCCACCCGAGCUGGCGGACGACCUCCUCGGCGAGGUAUUCCUCCGCCUCCCGCCAGACGACCCCGCAUGCCUCCUCCGCGCCUCCCUCGUCUGCAAGCGCUGGCGCCGCAUCCUCGCCGACCCCGCGUUCCGUCACCGCCACCGGGAGCUCCACCGGACGCCAUCAGUCGUGGGGUUCCUCCGCAACGCGGAGGGAGUCGCGCCGUACGCGUCCCGCUUCGUCCCCAACAACCCCGCCUCCGGCCGCCCCGCCGCCCGUGACCUCCCGGGGCGGGUCGUGCUCGAUUGCCGCCACGGCCGCGUCCUCUUCCUCGCGCCGAGCCCAAGCCUCUGCAUCCAGCUAAACUAUGACCUUAUCGUCUGGGACCCCUUGACGAACGAGCAGCGCUGCCUGCCCCGGUCCUCGCCCCCACCCAACGACGUAUCAUGCAACGCCGCUGUGCUCUGCGCCGCCGCGGAAGGCUGCGACCACCGCAAAUGCCACGGAGGGCCCUUCCAUGUGGCCUUUAUCUGGCGUCACGGCCUUGUCAUGUAUGCUCGUGUGUACUCCUCGGAGAGGCACAAUUGGAGUGAGGUGAUCUCUGUUCAGGAGCUCUCUCGAAUCUUGCAUCCCAUGUCGCCAUGCUGCAUCACCCUUGUGGGAGACACUCUAUACUUCCACUACACCUUGAAGUAUGCCUUGGAGUACCAGCUUGGUGCACAGCUCUUAUCUAUCAUCGAAGGGCCUCCACGGCCGGUGUCCCGAAUUUGGGCCAUUUUCGUGAUGCCCAUGGGGGACAGUGGGCUGGGAUGCAUGGACAUCGAGGAGGACGAAUCAAGCCUCCAUCUACAACUAUGGUCAAGGCAAGCAGCUUCAGACAGUGAUGAAGUUGCACGAUGGACAAGGGGCAGGGCCAUAGAUCUUUAG